AACACCACGCUGCUCCUUGCUGAUAUUUGCAGAGAGAGAGAGAGGAACGUUUUUCAGAGUAAAAAGAAACAAACAACAAACUAGAGUUCACGAUGAUCUGUCUCGUCCCUGUUUUUGGGCUGAUUCUCACUUUGUAUCAGAUCGGAAAGAAUCCUGCUAGCGCUGGGAUGUGCUGGCUGCAGCAGAGUCAAAACCAAAGGUGCGACAUGGUGCUGAUGAGAGGGGUGACCCGGGAGGAGUGCUGUGCCGGCGGCCGCCUGGACACAGCGUGGUCCAACAGCAGCCUGCCCAUGAAUGAGGUCAGCCUGCUGGGCUUCCUGGGAAUCGUCUCCUGUAAACCCUGCAAAGACACCUGCGAGGGCGCGCGCUGCAGCCCCGGGAAGGUGUGCAGAAUGAAGGCGGGGCGGCCCCAGUGCGUGUGCUCCCCGGACUGCGCUCACAUCACCCGGAAGCACGCGGUGUGCGGCAGCGACGGGAGGUCGUACAAGGACGAGUGCUCCCUGCUGACGGCGCGGUGCAUGGGCCACCCGGACCUGGAGGUCAUGUACCAAGGAGAGUGCAAAAAGUCCUGCUCCAACGUGGUGUGUCCCGGCGCGCACACCUGCGUGACCGACCAGACCAACAGCGCCCACUGCGUCAUGUGCCGCGCGGCGCCGUGUCCGAUCCCCAUGCCGUCCGAGCAGCCGCUGUGCGGCAACGACAGCGUCACGUACCCGAGCGCCUGCCACCUCCGCCGGGCCACCUGCUUCCUCGGCCGCUCCAUAGGAGUCCGCCACUUCAGCCACUGCAACAAUCCUCCUCGGAAAGCUCAGCACUUCGAUGGCAGCGAGGAAAACGCGGUCUAGGGGGGAUUCUCCCGACGUCGGCCUUUUUUAAAGUCGGAUCGACAAACAUUCCCACGUGCCACGCCGCUAGCUUCCCACGAUGACCCUGUUUUUAUUUUGACAAUCACUCCCCCACCUCCGUUGGAAGACAUGCAAAAGUGUAAAAAGAGUGAAAAAAGCGUUAAUCUCGUGUUAGUUUGCGAAACAGAGGCAGAUUAACGUGUGUGUGUGUGUGUGUAUGUCGAGGCAUCUCAUUGGCUGUGGGAGAAGUGUGCAUAUUGUAAAUAGAAUACCGCUGCUAUUUAUUGGAGAAGGUAUCAAACUCUAUUUAUGUUUUUACCCUAGUAACACAUCCAUAUAUACCCUCGGGAAAGCUGAUGCAUACAAAUUUAUUUAUUGCUAGUUUUGUUGUUGUUGUUGUUGUUUAUUGUGCAUGUACAUUAGCGGCCACCAGCAUGUGGCAUUUUACAGCUGUUUUUCAUUUUUCACUUUUUACCCACAAACAAACACCCCCUCCUCCUCCUCCUCCUACCGCAGAGCUGACGUAAAGUGUCGCUUUUGGAAAAGCUGAUCCCACUUUAUAUUCCGCCGACGUGGUUUCAGUUCACCGCGAACAAGAACAGGAAUGGCUACAGUUGUCUGUUGUCUGGAGUUGAGGAUGGCUGAGCCUAAACAACCCCCCCCCCCACCCCCACGCCGGUCACAGUAAUGAUCCAAUUAAAGCUUCAGACUCAAAGCAGAUGUCUUCAUCUACAUGAUGGAACCUCUCCAUGACUCUCCUGUAAAUAACAGUCUCACGUGCACCUCACCUGUGCACCUACUGUGAAAUUUAAAUGACAAAUGCAUUAACAUAUUUUUGUAUUUUUGUACUGCCAUUUCUAAAACAAACAUAAAGUUUAAUAACUGUCA